AUGGGAAGCUUGCCAAAUUUAAGCGACCUGUCGACGGAGAAGCUCGAACGGCGGCUCGUCGAACGGGAACGUAUGCUGGCCCGAGAAAGGAUCAUCGAGCGAGACUUUGGACGGGACAAGGAAUCGGUCCGGACACUGGAGCGACCGGUUUUCAUCCACAAGCAACAGAUUGCUGCGGCAAAGAGCUUUCUCCAGCAGAAAUGUCCGCCUGGCUCGCGAAAGGUUAUGCGAACAAGAAGUUCCGGUCAGGCCCAUCACAUAUGGGACGAUCCAAUAAUAGACCAAUACCUAACUAACUACUCGCCAGCAUCGAAUCGCAGCCACCGGAUCUCCGUAGGACCCACUUUCGCACCAACCUAUCAGUUCCAAUCUUCCUCGCUCGGAAAUCGACAUCGGCGGGAUUCGGUUAACAGUUCCAUCGGCGCCACCUCGGUUCGGAAGCUGCUGACGGUGCAGAAUCGUAGCUACGGCUGCCGGCACAAGAUUCCCUCGCACGUCCGCUCGCGGGUGACCAAGAACUUCGUGCUAGUGGCCAUCGCCCACGGAUUUAUGUGCACGGCACUGGUUCCGCUGGUUGUGUUGCAGGGAGCGAACUCGACCUGGUUCCAGCAGGAAUCGUGGCUUGCCGCUGGCCCCGACGUGGGCUCGGGGUUGCUCAGUCUUUGCUGCGCCGUGACGGCCGUAAUGAGCCUUGCGACUACGAAGCUGGUACAACGCUUUGGCUACUCGAUCGUGCUGGCGGCGAGCUACGGUGGCCUGUGUCUGUUCCUGGCGGCUCACAUCUACCCAGUGUUGCUGUCCCUCGUGCCCGGUUAUCUUCUCCUAGGGAUGCUGCUCGGUCCGUCGGUGAUCUGCAAGCAGGCGCUGCUAGUUUCGAUGGCGGGCAAGUUGAGCUGCUCGCAGCCCGAAUGUGGUGGGACUAGUACGGCCGGUGUCAGCGCGGACAGUUACGACGAUCAUCGUUUGCUGUGUAGCCGGGAGGAGCAGGUCCGCCGGCUUGGACGAUGGUUUCGGGCGGCCGGAGACUUUGGUAUCAUCGUCGGCACGGUUGUGGCUGCGUUCGUGCUUACCUGCGCCUCGGGAUCGAACCGAAUCGGAUGCUACUACAUAUCGAGCCUUUCGCAACCAGUUCCUAAUGCGGCACUGACAGGGGCACCGAACGGAACGGUGCCGCAGUUGAAUCCGAACCUCUCCGCGAGCAGCGACCUCGGAGGAUACGUGCCACUCGAGCGGGAUAUGCUCAUUUCCCUGCCCGAGACUGCCAUGUCAGCGGCGCAAGAAGACACCACGGUCCCAAGCAGCAGCACCACCACCAAGCACGAACCUACGACGGCGUCAUCGCCAAAAAUUGUCACUCCCUCGAUGCCGACGCUGCGUGAAACGAUGUACUUUCUUUACAACAUUCGACUACCGGAUCCGGCCACUCCGGGGGAGGAGGCAACAGCCUUCACCACCAACCCUUCCAGCAGCACACCUUCCGGUGGCAGUGAUGACAGCCGGGACAGCUCCCGCCCACUGCUCGACCGCUUUCCGUACAGUAUGUUCCAAACAAAUGACUACGGCGAACGGAUUUGCGGUUCCCAUCUGUGCCCGGUGUGGGAUCGGAACAUCCCGGUCAACAGUAGCGCACUAGGAAAUGAAAUGAAACUGCAGGGCUACACGGGAGCAACGCCCCUGAUGGGCAUCUACUUGGUGUUCGGCGUGCUCGCCUUCAUCGUGACGGCGUUCACGACGGAGAUCGAGUUUAAUGUCAAGUUUGACUCGAUUCGUCGAAUGUCCGACACGUUGCUGUUUGCCGGGCCACUUGCCUACUUCGUCGGUACCGAGCAGGCGUACAUGAUGGCGGAUUUUAUGAAGGCAUUUGUGGCGUGUGAACUUGGACCGAACAGUGUCGCCGGAGCGUUGGUAGGAAUGGGUGUGAUGCAGCUAAUUGCGGCCUGCACCCUGAGCAUGCUUCUUAGGCACACGAAGCGUGUCGUUGUUAUCGUGGCCGGAUUCUUGUUUCACGCCUGCCUGCUGCUCGUACUUCUCCGCUGGAAACCAUCACGAGACGACAGUGCCGUGCUGUAUGUCAUUCCCGCUGCUUGGGGGGUAUGCAAUGCAGUGUGGGAGACGCUACUGUUCGCUUUGACCACCACGACGCACCCGAACAAGUUCGCCGAAGUUACCGCCCCGUUGCAGGCUUUACGCUUCCUCGGCCUGGCCAUCACUUUCGCUGGCCAUGGAGUGCUCUGUGAGGCUCCGAAGAUCAUCAUCCUUGCGAUCCUGCUCGUCAUCUCGGUCAUACCGUACACGAUGCUGGAGCUAAAGCUGGAGAGCCAACGGAAGGCGCUGAAGCUGAGCUUGUGACGACUGUGUGCGCACGAUUACUAAUGUUUAGUGAAGCAAAAACACUACUGAGCACUUCUGCUUACGAGUGGGGAGUGUUCCCCCCGGGUGGACGGUAGUGUUUGGGGGUCCGAGAACGAAGGGAGA